UUUCCACUUUUGCAACAAGCAACUGACUGCCGCAUGCUGUCUGCUCGGUGCUCAUAUUCUGUUGGCGUGCGAUAAGCCGGCAAGGCACGCAAACGACUUGACGCUAUUUUUAUAACUUCUGACUUUCUCAAAACGUUGGAUGGCUGGAUAUUAUUCAGUUCUCGCGAUCGUGUGGUGCUGGCACGCUAGUGCAUCGUUGGCUCGUAACGUUCGCUUUACGGGUGCCAUCCGAAAACUGCCUUUCCAGUGAUUAUACGAUUCUGAUCAUGGGCUACUUUGUCCUCUGCGGAGAUUAACAGCCAGCUGCUGUCUAUUCGUGCCGGAUGAACUGCCGGGAAGCGAUCGGCCACAUCCGCAUCCGCUUGCGCAGCUGUAGCGCCUGGCCAGCAGCUGCAGUACACGCGCCAGCCUCAUUGUCACCCGCCGCCUCCGUAGAGAUAUGGCCAGUCCGUCUCCCUCGCCGGGACAGGAGCAGCUGCCGCUGGCUGGCCUGUCCACGGCCGCUCUGUCGGCGCUGGACGCCGAGCGGCCGAUGCUGCCGGAGAAGAAGCAUUCACUGUACGCUUAUGCCCAACAGGGCAUCAUCCACGAGGAGGAGCGACUGGAGCUGAAACGAAGCGGUCUGUACCGCUUGCUGCCAACCUGUCUGCGCGUUAAGUUCGCCGAGCGGCAGCAGGAGGCGCUAUACGAGGCCUACUAUACCAGCCAGAAGCAGGGCGACCUGGUGGCCUUCGUGGUGGCGGCGUUGUGCCUGCAGCUCUUCUGCGUCAUCCAGUACUCAACGCGCGGCCUGGACCUGCACCAUCGCCCGGCCGAACGCGCCGCCCUCGUCUUCCUCAUCCUGGCCUUUCUCUUCAACUGUGUGGUUGUGGCCGUCUACAAGCUGCAGAUCGUCAAGUUAAAGGAGCAGCGCCGCUUCAAGCAGCUUUUCCCGCUCCUGGUCUUCGCUGUGCAGUACACGCAGUUCUUUCUCGACCUGUUGACCACGCACCACCCCCUCCUCCUCAGCGAUGCCGUCUCUUUCCAGAUCCUCUUUGUCUACGUCACGAUGACGAUGUUGCCGCUGCGCCUCACCGUCUGCUCACUGCUGGCUCUCCUCUCCUCGUUGGCGCUGCUCAUUGUGCAGGGCGUAAAGGGCGUGGUCAGCUUCCAGGAGACGCCGUCACAGCUCCUACAAACCUCUCCCGAUCGUCAGUUGUGUGCCGCCGCAGUGUUGUAUUUUGGUUCUUGGAUACUGGGCAUGAUUGCGUCCUUCGUCUCUGAUAAAAAACAGCGUCGUGCUUUCCGGCAGGCACGUGUCACCAUUGCCAUGAAGCUGAUUAUGGAACAGCAAUCACAAGAACAGGAGCGACUGCUGUUAGCGGUUUUGCCGAAGCAUAUUGCCGGUGAAAUACGGACAGAUUUGGGGGCGAUGGUCCAUGGACAGUUCAAAAAAAUUUACCUGACUCGCUACGAAAACGUCAGUAUUCUUUUUGCCGACAUUGUGGGAUUCACCGCCCUGAGCUCCAACUGCACCGCCGCCGAGCUGGUGAAGCUGCUGAACAAGUUGAUCGCGCGCUUUGACAAAUUGUCAGAGAAAUACCACCAAUUACGUAUCAAAAUCCUCGGUGACUGCUGUAAGUUCUUGUACUACUGCAUCAGUGGCGCCCCGGAGCCCCGCAGUGACCACGCCGUGCUGUGCUGCCACAUGGGCCUGGCCAUGGUGGACGCCAUCCGGGCGGUGCGCGAGGAGACACAGUCCAGUGUCGACAUGCGCGUCGGCAUCCACACCGGAUCCGUGCUAGCCGGAGUCAUGGGACAAAAGCAGUACGCGUACGAUGUGUACAGCAAAGACACCAAACUGGCAAACGCCAUGGAAUCGGGUGGAAAACCAGGGCGCGUACACAUCUCGGCGACGACAAUGGCUUGCAUGAAGGGCGACGAAUUCGAAGUGGAGCCGGGCGACGGCGGAAGCCGCAACGAGGACAUCCGCAAAUCACACCUGGACACCUUCCUCAUCGUCAGGACGCUGAAAAUGUACCCGGAGGGAACGCUGGACGCCGACAAGGGCCGGCUGUCGGUGCAAAAUGAGCCGGCACUGUCGACGCGGCGGGCCAGUCAGCGGCCGCGCAACGGUCCCGGCCACGGUGUCAGCAGUGGCGAAGCGGACUUCGACAACCGCCUGCUGCAGGCGCUCAUUGAGCGCGAAGGCGCCACGCUGAAGAGCAAAGCCAACUAUGUGACGUUGUCUUUCAAUGACGCCAAGCUGGAGCAGGAGUACGCGGCUGUCCGCGAGAAGCUAGGCCCGGCUGUCAUAAGCGCCAACUUCUUCGUCCUUCUUGUCUCCUGUCUCGCGCACGGCAUUCUCUGGGAUAUGAGCCUUGGAACGGGUGUGGCGUACGGAUUGGCCUUGCUGAUCCUGCUCGGCAUCUCGGUAGUAUCUUGGGCAACCGUUAAGCGAAGGGUCUUCCCCUUGGGAGUAGUCAGGUUGGUGCAGUGGACGGAGGAGAUCCCUUCCAUCCGGUUAGCCUGGCUCCUGGCGGCGGUGCUGUGCGGCGUCGUGCCGGAGCUGGUGGACCGGGUGCGCUGCCAACGCGACGAAGAUAGGCCGUCCUGCGAGCCGCCGCUCUUCUACAUCCACUUGGUCACCUUCCUCCUGCUGGCCAUAACCGUCCUUAUGCAGAUCGGCCACCUGGCCAAGCUGCUCAUGAUGAGCGGCCUCGUCACGCUCCACUGCCUGCUGACGACGCUCGUGCAGCAGGAGGUAUUCGACGCCGUCGACCGGCGCACGCUCAGCGACGAGCAGUACAUGGCCUUCCUGACGAAGUAUGCCGCAUGCUGCAUACUGGUGAUCAUUCUCUGUGCCUUAUUCUGGGUUAAUCGCCACAUGGAAAUUACGUCGCGGUUGCUGUUCGUUUGGAAGAACGAGUCGGACGCGCAGAAAACGCAGGUCACCGAGUUGCGGCGCAAGAACGAGGAGCUGGUCUCCAACAUCCUGCCGCCGCACGUCGCCAAACACUUCCUCGGGCGCAACUUCACCGAGAACGACGACCCCUACAGCGAGCACCACUCGGGAGUGGGCGUGAUGUUCGCGUCUAUGCCCAAUUUCUCCGAUUUCUACACGGAGGAGGGUGUCAACAACCAGGGCCUAGAAUGUCUGCGCUUCCUCAACGAGGUCAUCAGCGACUACGACGAACUGCUGGACGACGCGCGCUUCGAAGGCGCCAUCACCAAGAUCAAGACCAUCGGGCCUACAUACAUGGUGGCUAGUGGUCUGACCAACGCGGAAGUCUACGACCAACUGGCGGGAACCAGCGACACGCACCGCUGGCGACACCUGCACUUGCUGGUCAAGUUCGCCCUGGCCAUGCAGGAAAAGCUCAAGCUAAUCAACGAGAAUUCCUUCAACCAGUUCUACCUCCGUAUCGGCAUAAACCACGGCCCCAUUUCCGCCGGGGUCAUCGGCGUCCGCAAGCCGCACUACGAUAUUUGGGGCAACACAGUGAACGUGGCCUCGCGAAUGGAGUCGACGGGACAGCCCAACUCCAUCCAGGUGACGGAGGAGACCAUGCUGCUACUCAAACAAUUCGGCUACCGCUUCGAGUCGCGCGGCCUGGUCUACGUCAAGGGCAAGGGCGAGCUGGCCACCUACUGCCUCCUGCCGCCCCCCGACGCCGCCGUCCCCGCCCCCGGGGGCGGGCCCGACGCCGACCAGCAGCAACUCAGCUCAAGCAACCCCCAGCACGCCAACGCCACCGGAAACAGCCACACCCAACCGCAGCAGUACCGCAACAGCGCCGCUCUCUGAUCUUCAAAACGCAAUUUUCUGUCACUUCUUUUUAUUGCCGACCAGAGUUUUUGUUGGGCGCGCAGUAGCGCACUGCACUGCGCGGGAGACGUUGCUCCACAUGAACGCUUUGAUCUCAGAUUGUUGUCAAGAAUAGUUUGAUAGACAUAGACAGAGACACUAAGUUGUUUGUAGUUUUCUGCCAGAGUAAUUCCCACUUUGUAAUUGCCAGUGCAUCAUUGGCCAGUGCUUUUCUUGUGCAUUUUGUUUGUUGUUCUUUUCUAGUCAGACCAGAUUGACUUGUCCGGUGAGCGUGUCCAAAGACUACGACAAUCAAAUAAAUUUUUACAGAUUUUUA